AUGAGCCGGCAGCUGUUCGCUGGAAAAUCCUUUUACAGACCUAAGGGCUUCACUUCAGCAUCCGCCGUCUGUGGUGUAGGCAGGCACCGGCACAGUGGGCCUUCUGUCUGCAGGCCUUUCGGGAGAUGUGGCGCUGGUGGCUACAGCAGCAGGAGUCUCCAAAACCUGGGUGGAAGUAAAAAUAUUGCCUGUGGUGGAGGUUACCAAAGUGGGGUUUAUGGAGGCUUUGGUGUUGACUAUUGCAUGGGUUACGGUGGCUGGAGAUGUGGUCAUGGUGCACUUGGAAAUUAUGGAGGCAGUUGUAGAAGUGAAGGUAUUUAUAGGGUCAGAGUCAACGAGGACCUCCUGCAGCCCCUCUGCGUGGGGGUCGACCCAGAGAUCCAGCAGAUACGAGCCCAGGAGCGAGAGCAGAUAAAGAAACUCAACAACCAAUUUGCCUGCUUCAUCGACAAGGUCCGAUGCCUGGAACAACAGAACAAGGUUUUGGGGACCAAGUGGAACCUCUUGCAGGAGCAGGUUCUCCCAUGCAGAAAAAAUCUCCAGCACCUAUUUGAGAACUACCUCUGCAGCCUGCAGAGGCAGCUGGACUGCUUGCUGAGUGAGCGGGGACAACUGGAGCCAGAGCUGCAGAAUGGCCAGAAGCUGGUUGAGGAGUUAAAGUGCAAAUAUGAACAGGAAAUCAACAGACGCACAGCAUCAGAGAACGAGUUCAUUUUACUUAAGAAGGACGUGGACUGUAGCUAUAUGAGCAAGGUAGAACUGGAGGCAAAGGUGGAUACACUGAGGCAGGAGAUAGAGUUCCUGAGGUGUGUGUAUGCCCAGGAACUUGUGCAGAUGGAAGGAAAUCUCUGUGAUACCUCUGUGGUGGUGAAAAUGGAUAACAACCGAGACCUAGACAUGGAGGGCAUCAUCAGGGAAAUUGAAUGCUGGUAUGAGGAGAUUGCACAGAAGAGCAAAGCUGAAGUUGAUGCUUUGUACCGCACUAGAUUCCAGGAGCUUCAGGAGACAAAAGGAAGAUAUUGCAAUGACCUAAAAUGCAACCACCAUGAGAUUACUGAGCUGAGUCGGGUGGUCCAGAGACUGCAGCACAACCUUGACAAUGCGAAGAAAGAGGUGGCCUGUCUCCAAACAAGCAUUUGUGAGACUGAGCAGCGUGGGGACUGUGCCCUGAAAGAUGCCCAGGGUAAAUAUGGGGAGCUGCAGAAUGCCCUGCAGAAGGCCAAGGACGAGCUGGCGAGCAUGCUGAGGGAUUACCAGGAGCUGCUGAAUAUCAAGCUGGCCCUGGAUAUUGAGAUUGCCAUGUACAAAACAUUGCUGGAGGGAGAAGAAAACAGGAUAUGCACAGGGAGCCCUGUGAGAUGGUCACCACUCCUUGCAAUGUCGUCGGUGAUUGUGGGUAUGGAGAUGGCACUGGAGCAGGAUGUGGCUACCCCCCUGUACAUAAAGGGUGCAGCCCUGGAUAUGGAAGACAAGGCUCAGUGA